AUAACAUAGAUUUUCAAGAAAAAACAUUUGGUUAUAAUAAUAUAUUUGAUGUUACCAGACAUACAACCCAUUCUACAUUGCGGAUGGUUUUUCAAUUCAAAUUACCUCAUCCUUUGUCAACAAUAAGUUCAAAUUCUGAUCUUGUUUUAGGACAUUCUUUUCACGUUGGUAUGUCAACCUUUACUGAAAAAGAGAUAGAACAUUUCGAGAAUACCUUUUCCUUACUAUGGAAUUUAUAUGGAAGAGAUUUUGAUGUUGCACAAGUUCAAGAAGAACUAUGGAAAAAUGUAGAAAUAGGGUGUCUCAUCGAACCACCCAAUGUCAUUAUUUUGAAACCUGGCAAGGAUCAUAAUAAUACUAUGAAUAUACAUGCGGCAGCAAGAAUGUAUUAUGAUGACAUUGGUUUAGAUAGUACUGGCCAUUUAGAUCUUGCAAGUGAUGAGUCCAUCUUUAGGAAGCUUAAUAAGUUAAAUGAAUCAGAGACAGAAAUUCGCCUCUUAUUAGAUUUGGAAAAGGCUUUUGAACAUUCCAAUAAAUCAAUAUUGACUCCUGAGGUUCCUGAACUUUUCAAAGGUGCCAUAGAAUGUUCAAAUCAAGGGUUUCAAAAAUUAUACAAUAGUUAUGAUAUUGGUAUAAACAGAUCAAAUGAUAUUUUCAAACAAGACAUUGAGAG